AUGUCCUCCGUGAAUAUUGUUUCAAAUAACCAAGACGACAUCUCUACAUUAAGAACUUCAAGACUUAUCAACUGCAUUUUAAACGCCAUUUGUUCAUUCCCAGCUGCUUUUGGAAAUGGAAUAAUACUAAUCGUUAUUUGGAGGACGCCCUCUCUUCAUUCACCUUCAAACACAUUAUUGUUUGGUCUUGCGCUGACGGAUUUCCUCGUCGGUUCGGUUACUCAGCCUUUAACAGUCGCCUCUUCGGUGAUAUACCUCGUGUCCGAUGAAGAAGGUCCAGUCUCUCUUACCCUGGCGUUUGAUGUUCUCUCCGUUGUGUCAUCUGCGUCGUCGUUUUUCAUAGCAACUGCGAUAAGUGUAGAUAGGUACCUGGUUUUUUACCUGCAUAUGAGAUAUCAAGCCAUUGUCACCAACAAAAAAGUCGUGGUGAUCAUCAUUUUAUGUUGGUUUUUUUCCGCAUUUUGUGGAUUUAUAUGGACACAGAACACU